AUGCUAUUUGUUUUCAGGGCCGAUUACGACUCCGUUUCUUUAUUAUCGGUAGGUGAUUCGUUGCUGUUGCCUAUCUCUCUUGCCCUCCUCUCUCUAUCUCUCUUGCCCUCCUUUCCUUAUCUCUCUUGCCCUCCUCUCUCUAUCUCUCUUGGCCUCCUUUCCCUAUCUCUCUUGCCCUCCUCUCUCUAUCUCUCUUGCCCUCCUCUCUCUAUCUCUCUUGCCCUACUUUCCCUAUCUCUCUUGCCCUCCUCUCUAUCUCUCUUGCCCUCCUUUCCCCAUCUCUCUUGCCCUCCUCUCUCUAUCUCUCUUGCCCUCCUUUCCCCAUCUCUCUUGCCCUCCUCUCUCUAUUUCUCUUGCCCUCCUUUCCCUAUCUCUCUUGCCCUCCUCUCUUUAUCUCUCUUGCCCUCCUUUCCCUAUCUCUCUUCCUCCUCUCUCUUGCCCUCCUCUCUCUAUCUCUCUUGCCCUCCUUUCCCCAUCUCUCUUGCCCUCUUUUCUCUCUCUCUCUCUCUCCCUCCUUUCCCUAUCUCUCUUUUAAAACUUUCCCUAUCUCUCUUGCCCUCUCUCUCUCUCUCUCUCUUUGCCCUCCUUUCCCUAUCUCUCUUGCCCUCCUUUUCCUUUCUCUCUUGCCUCCUCUCUCUCUCUCUCUUGCCCUCUCUUUCCCUAUCUCUUUGCCCUCCUCUCUCUCUCUCUCUCUUGCCUCUCUUCUCUCUCUCUCUUGCCCUUUUUUCCCUCUCUCUCUUGCCCUCUCUCUCUAUCUCUCUUGCCCUCCUUUUCCCCUUCUCUCUUUUCUCCCUCUCUCUCUCUUUCUUUUCCUCCUUUCCCCAUCUCUCUUUGCCCUCCUCUCUUUCUAUUUCUCUUGCCCUCCCUUUCCCUAUCUCUCUUGCCCUCCACUCUUUAUCUCUCUUGCCUCCCUUUUCCCUCUCUCUCUUGCCCUCCUCUCUCUUGCCCUCCUCUCUCUCUCUUGCCCUCCUCUCUCUCUCUCUUGCCCCCUCUCUCUCUCUCUCUUUAAAAAUUUCCCUAUCUCUCUUUUCCCUCCUCUCUCUUUGCCCUCCUCUCUCUCUCUCUCUUGCCCUCCUUUCCCCAUCUCUCUUGCCCUCCUCUCUCUAUCUCUCUUGCCCUCAUUUCCCUAUCCCUUCAAGGUGUGAUUCGUUGCUGUUGCCUAUCUCUCUUGCCCUCCUCUCUCUCUCUCUCUUGCCCUCCUUUCCUUCUCUCUCUUGCCCUCCUCUCUCUAUCUCUCUUGGCCUCCUUUCCCUAUCUCUCUUGCCCUCCUCUCUCUCUCUCUCUUUAUUUCAUCUCUCUAUCUCUCUUUCUCUCUUGCCCUCUUUUCCCUAUCUCUCUUGCCCUCCUCUCUAUCUCUCUUUUCGUCCUUUCCCCAUCUCUCUUGCCCUCCUCUCUCUAUCUCUCUUUAUUGUCUCUCUUUUCCCUCUCUUCUUUCUCUCUCUCUCUCUUUUUCCCUUUCCCUAUCUCUCUUGCCCUCCUCUCUCUAUCUCUCUUGCCCUCUCUCUCUCUAUCUCUCUUGCCCUUUUUUCCCCAUCUCUCUCUUUUCUCUCUCUCUCUCUUGCCCUCCUUUCCCCAUCUCUCUUCCCUCUCUCUCUAUUUCUCUUGCCCUCCUUUCCCUAUCUCUUGCUGCCCUCCACUCUUUCUCUCUUUGCCCUCCUUUCCUAUCUCUCUCUUGCCUCUCUAUCUCUCUUGCCCUCCUCUCUAUCUCUUUGCCCUCCUCUCUCUAUCUCUCUUGCCCUCCUCUCUCUCUCUCUCUUGCCCUCCCUUUUUCCUUCUCUCUCUUUCCCUCCUCUCUCUUUUUUCCUCUCUCUAUCUCUCUUGCCCUCCUUUCCCCAUCUCUCUUAUCCUCCUCUCUCUAUCUCUCUUGCCCUCAUUUCCCUAUCUCUCUUUUCCCCCCUUUCCCUAUCUCUCUUUGCCUCUCUUUCCCUAUCUCUCAAAUUUUCUCUUUCUCUCUCUCUUGCCCUCCUUUCCCUUUCUCUCUUGCCCUCCUUUCCCUAUCUCUCUUGCCCUCCUCUCUCUAUCUCUCUUGCCCUCUCACUUUCCCUAUCUCUCUUGCCCUCUCUUUCUCUCUCUCUCUUGCCCUCCUCUCUCUCUCUCUUGCCCUCUCUCUCUCUCUCUCUUGCCCUAUUUCCAUCUCUCUUUGCCUCUCUCUCUCUCUAUCUCUCUUGCCCUCCUUUCCCCAUCUCUCUUGCCCUCCUCUCUCUUUUCUCUUGCCCUCCUUUCCCUAUCUCUCUUGCCCCCCUCUCUCUUCUCUCUUGCCCUCCUUUCCCUAUCUCUCUUGCUCCUCUCUCUCUCUCUCUCUUUAUCCUUUCCCUAUCUCUCUUGCCCUCCUUUUCUCUCUCUCUCUUGCCCUCCUUUCCCUAUCUCUCUCUUCCCUCCUUUCUCUAUCUCUCUUGCCCUCCUUUUCCCUAUCUCUCUUUCCCUCCUUUCCCUAUCUCUCUUGCCCUCCUCUCUCUAUCCUCUUGCCCUCCUUUUCCCUAUCUCUCUUCUGGUCUCUCUCUCUAUCUCUCUUCCCUCCUUUUUUUCUCUUUUUCUCUCUCUCUCUCUCUCUCUUAUCUCCCUUCUCUUUCUCUCUCUCUCUCUCUAUUCUCUCUCUCUAUCUCUCUUCUCCUCCUUUCCCUAUCUCUCUUGCCUCUCUCUUUCUCUCUUCUCUUUCUUUCCCUAUCUCUCUUGCCCUCCUCUCUUUAUCUCUCUUUCCCUCCUCUCUCUCUCUCUCUUGCCCUAAUUUCCCUUCUCUUUUCCUCUUUCUCUCUUUCUCUCCUUUCUUUUCUCUCUUUGCUCUCUCUCUCUUUCUCUCUUUAUCUCUCUUUCCCCUAUCUCUCUUAUGAAAAUCUCUCUACUCUUUCUCUUGCCCUCUUUCCCUCUCUCUCUUGCUCUCCUCUCUCUCUCUCUUGCCCUCCUUUCCCUAUCUCUCUUUCCCUGUCUCUCUCUCUUGCCCUCCUCUCUCUCUCUCUCUUGCCCUCCUUUCCCCAUCUCUCUUGCCCUCCUUUCUUUAUCUCUUCUGAAUUUCUCUCUCUCUCUCUUUUUCCUUUUCUCUCUCUCUCUAUGCCCUCCUUUCCCUAUCUCUCUUGCCCUCUCUCUCUAACUCUCUUGCCCUCCCUCUCUUUUUCUCUCUUGCCCUCCUCUCUCUUUUGCCCCCUAAAAAAACAGGCCACUCUCCUCUCUCUCUGUCUCUCUUGCCCUCCUUUCCCUUUAUCUCUCUUUCCCUCCUUUCCCUAUCUCUCUUUUUCUAAUUUCUCUCUCUAUCUCUUUGCCCUCUUUCCCUAUCUCUCUUGCCCUCCUCUCUCUAUCUCUUUGCCCUCUCUCUCUCUCUCUUUGCUCUCCUCUCUAUCUCUCUUAUCUCUUUCCCCAUCUCUCUUUCCUCUCUCUCUAUCUCUCUUGCCCUCCUUUUCCCCAUCUCUCUUUGCCCUCCUUCUCUCUAUCUUUCUCUUGCCCACCUUUCCCUCUCUCUCUUCCCCUCUAUCUAUCUCUUUCCCUCCUUUCCAAAUCUCUCUUGCCCUCCUCUCUUUAUCUCUCUUGCCCUCCUUUCCCUUUCUCUCUUGCCCUCUCUCUCUCUCUUUGCCCUCUUUCUUUCUCUCUCUUGCCCUUUAUUUCCCUAUCUCUCUUUUUCUCUCUUUUCCCUCUCUCUCUUAA